AUGUCACAUUUUCCAGCCAUAUUUGACACCACUUCUGAAUUUAUUUUUAUUGACGCAGAAUUUUCAAAAAAUAUUGAUAUUACAAAGACUGCUUUUGAAGCUUCCGGAACUUUAGAAGAAGCCAUUAAACCAUAUAUACCAUUAAUCGCGGUUGUUACAACCGUAAUUGAUGAAAUUAUCAAAAUUUACAAUGAUGUGGAAUCUAAUAAUAAAAAAUUUUGUAAUUUAAUGAUGGAUAGAGUUCAAAUUGCUGAAAAUUUUAUUAAAAUUUUAAGCAGAAGGAAACAAGAGAAUGAAAAAAAUUUUCGCAACAUGAAAUACUUUUUGGCUUUUGCAAGAUUUACUGAAGUCAUGAAAGAAAUUAGGGAUGUUGUUAAGGAUGUUUCUAAAUUACAAAGUUACAAAAAAUUCUAUGAAUUUAAUGGUUUAGUUAGUGAUUUUGAGACCGUGAUGAAGGAUUUGUAUUUCACCAAUAGUGAUCAACGCAGAAUUGAUCAACUUGCUCUAACUGAAGAUUAUUCCGAAAUAACAAAGGAUUCUCUUGAAGCCGAAGAAAAUGUAGAAACUGAAGGUGAUAUAAGGGUAGUAAUAGGAACCGAAGGAAACGUAGGAACUCAAAGAACGGUCUUUGCUGUAGGAGUAGUAAGUACCGGUGGAACCGCAGAGGCCAUUAGAACCAAAGGUGUUAUAGAUACUCAAAGAACCGAAGGAACCGUAAAGUUUACAGGAACCGAAGUAGCUGAAGAAAAUCAAACUCAAAAAAAAGAAGUGAAUAAUGGAACUCAAGUGGAAACUCAAAGAACUAAAAGAACUGUAGAGGUUAUUGGAAAUGUGGAAUUCAUUAAACCAUAUAUACCAUUAAUUGCGGCUGUUACAGCAGUAAUUGGAGACAUUUUUAUGAUUUAUGAAAAUAUUGAAUAUAACAAAAAGACUUGUAAUGCCUUAAUGGAUAGAGUUCAAACAGCCGAUAUUGCUAUUAAAAUGUUAAAUAGAAGGAUGCAGUGGAAUGAAAAUAAUUUUCGUAAAAAUAUUUAUUAUUUAGCUUUUAUAAAAUUUAUUAACGUUAUGAAAAGAAUCCAAGAUUUUAUUUUGGAUGUCUCUAAACUACAGGGUUACAAAAAAUUAUUACAAAUAGGUUCUAUUAAAGAUAAAUUUAAUAAUUUAAUUAACGAUUUUGAGAAGAUUAUGAAUGAUUUGAAAUUCACAAUUACAUUUACUUAUGCAGAUCAGCAUAAAAUUGACCAACAAGCUCUUAUUGAAGAUAUAGCCGAAAUGUCCAGAUUCUUAGACAGGAUUGGAGAUGAUAUUGCUUGUGAUAAUUAUCAAAUUAAUACAGUUUUCCAAGAAGUUAUAUUAAUUAAAAAUCGAUUAAAUUAUUUUGGACAUAAUCGACAUAAUCUACCGAUACCUGAGACGUUUAAAGUAAAAAAAAUAGUACCAAAUGAGCUUACUGAUCCUCUUGAAAGGGUAGCAUCUGAUCGUCGUGGGAAAACGAAACCCUAUAUUGUAAAGAAAUUAUUAAAGAAAUUCUUAAAACAAAGUAUAGACGUCGCCUGUAUUCCAACGUAUUAUGGCAAAAAUUUUAAAACUCACCUAGUAAUUUUAGGAAAACUUCACAGUUCUCCCGACAUUCUGAAAUUUUAUGGACUUUCUCAUGUCGAAAAUCACAAGGUCAUGGUAUUUGAAUGGGCUGAAUAUGGAAACCUACGCGAGGUUUAUAAUGCAUACGAUAUCUCUUGGACUUCAAAGGUGUCUAUUGCUCUCAAUAUUUGUCGUGGUAUCAUUUUCCUUCAUUCCUGUUCCAUCCUUCAUCACGAUAUCCGUUGUGAAAACAUUCUGAUGACUUCACGUUUGGAACCUAAAAUUGCAAAUUUUGAAUACGAACGUUUUACGACUGAUGAAACAACUAAUUUAGUUGAUAUAACUGAAAGUUUUCAUUGGCUUGCUCCUGAGAAAAUGAGAUACUAUGAUUAUCGAUAUAACAUUAAAUGCGAAGUAUUUAGUUUUGGAAUGCUUCUUUGGGAAUUGAUUUUUCAAAAAGUCCCCUAUGAGCAUUGGAAUUCGUCUAAAAUAAGAGAAUAUGUAUUGUCUAAUAAAAGAGAAAAGAUCGCUUUUAGUAAAGCAAGUCCUGAUAUUCAAAUUCUCCAAGAAAUUUAUGCGAAUAUUAUCGUUUCUGCCUGGCAAGAUGAUCCACAAAUUCGAACGUCAUUACAGCAAAUUUUCUUAGGAUUACAUGUCUUAGCAGGUUCCGUUAAUGAUGUAGGAGAUUUGCCUUUGCCAGGUCGUGAUAUGGAAUUCUUUACUGCUAUAAUGCCACUUCGAGAUGGUAUUGCAGCUCAUAAGAGAAAUGAAUGGGAUACAGCAUGGGAAUGUUUUAAUGCGCACGCAGAACUAGGUAAUACAACUGCCAAAUAUUGGAAAGGAUAUUAUUUAUGGGAAGGUUAUUCUUGUCAAAAAGAUCGAGUUGAAGCAUCAAAAUUAUAUAAAGCAGCCGCCGAUGAUGGAUUUCCAGACGCACAACUACGAUAUGCAUUUAGCUUGAUUGAUAAUCCAGGAAUUAAAUUUAAUAAAAAAAUAUUUAUCGAAUAUCUUAUAAAAGCCUCCGAUAAUAAUUCAUCCACGGCUCAGUUUAAUUUAGGUGAUUUAUAUUUUAAUGGUAAAAUGGGUGUGACUAAAGAUGUAUCACUUGGCAAGAAAUAUUUAAAUUUAGCUGCUUUAAAUAGUCAUCAUAAAGCUAUUAUAAUGUUACAAUCGUCGGAGAUUACUGCAAUUAACACAGUAAUUAGCGAAACUAAUAAAAUUUAUGAAGUAGCUCAAUAUAAUAAAAAAAUUUGCAAUGCAUUAAUGGAUAGGGUUGAUAUAGCUGAAAUUGCUAUUAAGAAUAUAGAAAGAAAGGUACAAGGAACAAGCAUCUUUGAAAAAAUUAUUAAAGUUAUGGAAGAAAUUAGGGAAUUUAUGAAGGAUAUUUCUCUAUUACAAAAUUCUACCAAAAGUUUAGGUACUAUUUCAAACAAAUUUUAUAAAUUGAUAAAUUGUUUUGAGGCCGAUAUGAAAGACUUGAAUUUAAUCACAACAAUUGAUCAACCGGCAAAGCCACAUGAGCUUACGGGUCCCCUUGGAGGAAAUCCUACUGAUCGUGGUAUUAUUGUAAAAAAAUCCAUAAAACAUAGUAUCGACGUUGCUUAUAUUCCCAUCACAAUCCAAUUUGAUGAUUUCAUUAAAACUAUAGCUCAUCUUACUAUGUUAGAAAAACUUCGAGACUCUGACAAUAUUUUGAAAUUUUAUGGACUUUCCCAUAACGAUGAUCAAUUAGUCAUGAUAUAUGAAUGGGCUGAAUUAAGAAACCUUUGUAAUGUUUAUAAUACAUAUGAUAUUUCAUGGACUGCAAAGGUUUCUAUUGCUCUUGGUAUUUGUCGUGGCAUCAUUUUUCUGCAUUCUUGUUCUAUUCUUCAUCAUGAUAUUCGAUGCGCAAACGUUAUGAUAACAGCGCGAUUAGAACCUAAAAUUACAAAUUUUAAACAUGCACAUCUUAUGCUCGAUGGUAUCUCUAAACCUAAAAGAACAUAUUAUGAAUCAUUUCCAAAUAUAGAUGACAUUAUUAAUUGGAUGGCCCCAGAAAAAAUUGAAAAUUUUAAUUUUAAUCAAUAUGAUGUGAAAUGCGAAGCUUUUAGUUUUGGAAUGUUGCUGUGGGAGCUUGCUUUUGAAAAAAUUCCUUAUCAAUAUUGGAGUACACAUAAGAUAAAGAAUCAUGUUCUAAAAAAGUAUAGAGAAUCCUUAGAAAUCAGAUCAAAUAAUGAUGAACGAUUUAUAGAAAACUAUUUUAAAGUUAUUAAAAAUACUUGGCAUCAUAACUCACAGGAGCGUUCAUGUUUUUAUACUAUCUUCAAUGAACUUAAUGAAUUAAUUGCUAAUUACCAACAAAAUGGAAUUUUUCAAAGUUUAAUUCCAAAGGAUAUUAAUCGAUUACAGACUGAAUCCGUUGAUGAAUUAGAAAAAAAAGCAAAGGAAUGGAUUGAAGAUACUAUUAAACGAAAAGUGAUUAAAUCAAUAGCAUGGUCUGAAUUUAAUUCUCAUAAAAGGAUAGGAGCAGGAAAUUUUGGAUCAGUGUUUCAAGCAUAUUGGUCUAACAUUCGUGAUCAUGUAGUUUAUAAAAAAUUAUUUAUUACAUCAGACAUUAAAUAUAAGAUGUGGGAAGCAUUUAAACAUGAAAUACAAAUACAAAGUAGAGCACAUUGUUGUGAAAAUAUUAUCCGAGUUUUAGGAAUAUGUAAAACUCCUUUUGAAUAUCAACAUGAUCAUACAAUAAAUUACAUAAUUUUAAGCGGAGAUAGAGAAGAAAGGAUGCCAGAUACUCCUGAUAAAUAUUAUGAAUUAUAUAACAAAUGUUGGGAUAAAGAACCUGAAAAAAGGCAUACAGCUGAAUGUGUUUAUGAGGUAUUGGAAAAGUUAAUAAUAGAUUAUAAUAGAGAAAAUGUAUUAGAAAAUGAAGAUACAAUUCUUUCAUCAACAAGCUCACUUGUUUCUUCAACAUUUUCAUCUGCAAGCACCUUUGCUUCGUCAACAAUUUCAUCAUCAAGUACUUGCAUUGAUGAUGGUUCAUUAAUGAUAAAUCUAGCGGAUUGUUACAAAAGCAUUGCUAAUGAGGAAAAUCCUUAA